GUUAAUUAUCGUUUUAUACCAGUUUAUGCUUACGCUUCUCGUCUAUUAUUUGAUUUGUAUUUCCUUACUUAUUUAUUUAUUAAAAGAUAUGACAAUAUACCAUAAUCAAAAUGAUAUAUGUGAACAAUUGUUUCAGAUAUAUAUUUUUUUGGGGUUGGAAGGGGGGAGGCGAGGGCUAUAAAAAAUGUAUUUGCGCCUUUCAACUCGCAUAUCGUGUAAGAUCUUUAUUUUACUAAAUUAACGUCGAAGAUGAGAAAAGUAUAAUUUUAUGAAUACUAUGUUAUCAUUAGUAAAAUUUAUAGUACAAUCAAUACAAAUAUAUUUCAAUUGAGUAAAGAUUACCUAUAACAAUUAGUCAUUAUGUAAAAACCCAACAUCAAUGGAGCCGACAUAUACCUCGUACAAGGGGUACAGGUAACAAACACCCCCUACACUUAGAACUGAUAAGUUUCCCCCCUCCUCCUCCCACCCUUGCAAAUAUGAACUGCAUGGUAUUCUACGGAAAAUGCUUAUUUGAAGUUACCACAGCUUCUUGAUCACACACAGAAAAAUUUCUCAUCCGAGAUGCUGCCCAAAAUCUUGCUUGCUUACUGUCACAUCCUCAGCUGCCUCAUCUACUUCAGCAUGGGCUCCAGAGCAAAUACAAUAGAACAUAGGCAAUCCUUAAAGUCAAAAACUCCAGAAAUGACGGAGCUGGAAGAUAAUGUAACCAAAGGAAUUGCGACUGGACUACUCCUCGCAUGGAACCAGUGUCGUCAUGACUUCAAGUGGCAGAGAUGGAACUGCACGGAAUUAGAGUUUUCCAGGAGGUACUUAAACCCUGUUAAUAGAGAGAUGGCGUACGUUUCUUCCAUAACCGCAGCAGGGAUCGCUCACUCCAUGGCUCGCUCUUGUGCCAGAGGUACGCUCAUCCCGGAGUGCAGGUGUGUCAAGAAGAACAAGGAGGCCAGCUGGGAAAAGGAGGGAUGCACUCUCGAUCUCCAGUUGGGCCAGAUGUUAGCCAGGAUUUUCUUAGGAGACAUGGAAGGUGAAGCCUACGACAUCACAUCCAGAGUCAACAGACACAAUUACGACCUCGGUAUCAAGGCGGUGGAGCAGCAGAGAGGCGAAGAUUGCAAAUGCCACGGAAUAUCAGGCUCUUGCACAACCAGGACCUGCUGGGGGAAAGUUGCUCCGUUUCCAAAAGUGGGUGUUCUGCUGAAGAACGCCUAUCGCAAAGCAGUCCGGGUCGCAGCCAACCGCGACAAGGAUAUGAGCAAACAGAGCUCGGGGGUCAUGCUAUUUCUGGAGGAUUCUCCAGAUUACUGCAAGCCAAACGCCACCUUUGGAUGGGCAGGAACAAAAGGAAGAGUUUGCUCGAGGAGAAGGUCCAAGCAUGCAGACCGUUGGGAAAGGAGGUCCUGCAACGAGCUUUGCCGGUCUUGCGGACAUCAAGUCCGCCUUAGAGUAGUCGAAACCAAGACCAGGUGCAAUUGCACAUUCGAAUGGUGCUGCAAGGUCACGUGUUCCAUUUGCAAUAAAAAUGAGAACCAAUUCUAUUGCGAUGCUAAUCCGAUUCUUUUGAGGAAAUGAUCAGACCGCGAAUGAUACCAGUUUUGGAGUGGGGUUAUAUCUCAUUACUCCUAAUAGCCCUGGAGCCAGGGCCCAAAAAUCGACCUGAUCGCAGGCGAAGGUUUGAUUGUAACUUACGAAAGUGUAUGCUAUUCUGAGUAAAAAAAAUUUGUCUGCCGUUCCGGAGCCGCUGCUUUCAAAAAUGGCGGCUGAUUUAAAGAAUAUUAGGACUAUAAUUUGAUGAUCGAAACGGGAAAUCCAUUGCGAAAAAUGUGAGAAAAGUUUCUAUUUGUUUAAUUUGUAUAUAUGCGGUUAUACAUGUAAAAAACAAAAUUGCUAUCGCAGGCCACCAAAGGAAAACUUUUUAUAGCCAAAAAAGUCAGAUAUUUUCGAUAUUUUUUGGGUUUUUCAUCUAUAACUCCUAAACAAUGCAUCAAAGCGAAAAAUAUGUUCGUUAAUAAAUUAAAGAAUGUUAAAUUUUGCGUCAUACGAGUACAUAUACUUUAAAAUUUGGUUUCGAGGUAAGGUAUGAAACCACGGUCAACCAACUCCGAGUUUUACCAAAUUUGCCAAAAACUGGGACAAAUUACUUUAAUUGACCCUGUAACAUGAAAAUGAGUUAAUUCAGAGGAAAAACCCAUAGGAUCAAAGUUGUAGAGCAUAAAAUUUCGCGUAUACUCAGUAUCAACUAAUUUAAUGUAGGUCACUUGCUGCGGACAAAUUCGGUAAUUUCCCGAUGGCUAGAAAUUGGAAAUGAAGGUAUACGUAAUUUUCAAUAUUUCAAUAGUAUGGGUGUCUUUUCUACUGAGUUGGUUUUGUUUAAAGUCUGUUACAUGCAGUAUAAGCCUCUUUUCCACCUCUCAAUAGCAAAAGAUUUUGGUAAACAAAGUGCCGAAAUAUACCGAAUUUUAUAAAGGAAUAACGAAUCCCGAUUCGAGAUAUAUAAUUAGUCAACAAUAAAAAUAUCAGUACCCAGUAUACGCAAAAUUUGAUGCUCUACCACUUUGAUUCUAUGAGUUUUUCCUCUUAGGGAACUCAUUUCCAAGUUACAGGGACAUUUAUAGUAAUUUGUCCCAGUUUUUGGCAAAUUUGGGAAAACUCUGAGUUGGUUGACCGUGGUUUUAUACCUUACCACGGAACCAAAUUUUAAAGUAUAUGUACUCGUUUGAAGCAAAAUUUAACGCUCUUUAAUUUAUUAAAGAACACAUUUUUCACUUUGAUGCAUAUGUUUAGGAGUAAUAGAUGAAAACCCCAAAAAAGGUCGAAAAAAUCUGACUUUUUUGGCUGUAAAAAGUUUUCCCUUGGUGGCCUGCGUUAGCAAUUUUGUUUUUUACAUGUCUAAACCCAUAUAUACAAGUUAAAAAAAUAAAAACUUUUCUUACAUUUUUCGCAAUGGAUUUCCCGUUUCGAUUCUCAAAUUAUUGGCCUAAUAUUCUUUAAAUCAGCCGCCACUUUUGAAAGCAGCGGCUCCGGAACGGCAGACAAGGUUUUUUUACUCAGAAUAACAUGCACUUUUGUAAUUUACAAUCAAACCUUCUCCUGCGAUGAGAUCGAUUUUUGGGCCCUGGCUCCAGGGGCUAUAAUAGGAUCAUUUUAAAGAUGCCAAGGAGAAUCUAAUUUUCCAAAAUAUUAAACGUAGGUAUGCAAACGAGACUGACAUUAAAUUUAUUAUAGUUAUACAAAUAACUUGGCAUAUAUAUCCCCAUGAUUUUAUUUAUUUUAUUGUAUGAACUGUUUUUAAUGUUUAAAAAAAACAAAAAUUUGUAGAUAUCGUAAUGACGUUUAUUUUCUUUAAAAGAAAGCCAUGUUUAUUGCUAUAAUGCCAAAGAUUUCCAUCUAUUGCAAGUGAAGUUAAAUUUUAAUGUGUGUCAGUGAGAGGCUGUUUUAAUCUAUCACUGAAAGGUCAGUAUUAUGAAAUUACAAAAACAAUUCUAGAUAUUAAUUACUCUCUGAAUUAAAACCAAU